AAGGCCACAAAUGACCCUCAGGCCACACUUUGGACACCCUGCACAAAUGCUUAGUGCAGGAUGUCCAAAGUGUAUUAGGUGUCACUUGUCCUCUUGGGAAAAACGUUCUUCUCAAUAUUUUUUAUCAAAAGUUUGCACCUUUAACUAAUUACAAAUACGACUGGACAAACAUUAUUAGUAGUGGUUCUAUUCCUUAAAAGGUAAAGUAGGCGGUCCGAAAAGUGACGUAGGAGGGUCAAAGGUUGUUACGUACGUAACGCGUGGUGCUUUGGCGCCAGCAGAUUUCGCGGGGUAUCAGCAGCACAGUGAACUGUAAAGCACAACCACUAAGCAUCAAUAACCCAGGUUAAAGGCUGCAUCGACGGGUUCAGGCGGCCCGGAGAGGAGCGAGGCACUCGGUGAAGAGAGCAGAGGUGUGCCGCGGGAAAGUAAAGCGUCUCCGGGCUUUCAUGGUGGGUCCUUAUCCCAUCUGACAAGCAGGAGCUGUGGAGACGGGAGGUGGACACAGCUGGACACACGGCUCUGAGAGAGGCGCCUGGUGGAGGUGAGGAAUAAUGAUGGCUACUGCUGGGCCUCCCAACACCUCCAGCUUCCUCCCUCUGUUGGAGACUCUGGAGGAUGGUACGACCGGACAGUCGGAGCAGACGGACGCCUACCUGACCAUCGCCAAUCGCCUCAGUGGGGAGGAAGGCCGCCAGUUCCUCCCAGCAGUGGAAAAGGACUUCUCACGUUUGGGUAAAGUCAUACUGACCCACACAAGCAGCUCCAAUGCCGAGCUGAGUCAAGCUGCCCUCCAGGCUUUAGGGUUCUGUGUGUAUCACUCCCAGGUGGUUUCCGGAGUCUCCGAGAUCUUCGCAGCUCAGAUACUGUCGGCUCUCUGCUCCCUGGUGACAAAGUCCACCGACAAGAACACCUGCACCAGAGCCUUAUGGGUCAUCUCCAAGCAGAGCUUUCCUGCAGACGUAGUCGGCAACAGCGUGCCGACUCUGCUGGCUGCUUUGGAGACCGUGUGGAACAGAGAGGACAUCCAGUCCACAGUGAUGGAGCACGAGGCCCUGAACGUGAUCAUCAGGCUGCUGGAGCAGGUGCCGACCCUGAUGUGUGACGGCGCGGUGCGGUGGGCGAAGCUGAUCGUCCCCCUGGUGGUGCACUCCGCCUCCAAGGUGCGUCUGCGCGCCGCUGCCGCCUUGGAGAUGGGCAUGCCUCUGCUGCUGGCCAAACAGAUGGAGGUGGCUGCCAUCAUCGAGCCAAUGAUGUCCACAAAACUGAUCCCAGAGCUGCAGAAGCUCUUCAUGUCCAAGAAUGAAACCAACGUCCUGAAGCUCUGGCCGUUGUUCGUGAAGCUUCUUGGGAAGCUCCUGCAUAAAGGUGGUCCGUUCAUCAACUCCCUGCUGCACCUGGAGGAGCUGGGCUUCCGAAGCUCCUCCCCCACCAUCAAGAAGAUCGCCUUCAUCGCCUGGAAGAGCCUCAUCGAUAACUUUGCUCUCAACCCAGACAUCCUGUGCAGCUCCAAGCGCAUGAAGCUGCUGAUGCAGCCGCUCACCUCCAUCCACGUCCGGACGGAGGCGCUGCUGCUCACCAAGGUGGAGGUGUGGUGGUACCUAAUCGUGCAGCUGGGACCCAAUCUGUCCUCCAACUUCGAUCAGGUGUCUGUGCCUCUGCUCCAGGCGACCAUUGGAUCCGAUUCGCCGUCCGUUCCAAACACUCCGUCUCGGGCCGCCGCUCAGAACGGAGUCGUGACUCCCAGCACUCCAAAAUCAGGCAGCGGCAGCUUCAACACGUCGGCCAGCACGCCCCGGAUGGGCCUGAACUCCAGCAUGCAGCUUCCCGCCAGCUUCUCCUCCAUUCAGCAGCUGGGCCUGGAGAUGCUGCUGCACUACUUCCUGGGGCCAGAGGUCGUCGCUGCCGCAGCAAAGAACAAACUCGUGUUGAGUCUAGAACCUCUGACCCACCCGCUGCUCUCUGGUGCUCCGUCCUUCAUGAAGCACGCGGCCGUGCUCAUCUCCACCAUGAGGGAGAGCUUCAUAAACGCCGGCAAAGACGCUCCAGAGCCGCUGCUGGCCGUCAUCUGGACCAGCCUGGUCCGGUUUGUUAGCUUGGCCAUCGAGUCAGCAGGCGGUAAGAAGGAGCGGCAGGGCAGCGAGUGUCUCACCCUGAUGCUGCAGGCGCUGGAGAGCGUGGUUUCCUCCGAGGCCCUGCCUGCAGACAGAGUCCUGGUUCUGUUGGAGGCCACAGUGAAGGGUCUGCCUCCAAGAGUGCUGGGCUCCGCCUCCUACCAAGUGGGGAAGAUGGACGUUCUGAAUGGAACCCCGGCUCUGUUCGUCAUCCUCCUGCUCUUCAACAACAGACUGCCGGCCUACCUGGAGCACGACAGCAGGUUCUUCCAGUGCCUCCAGGCUCUGGUGUCAUGUGGCCUGUCCGGACCCACAUCUCCUCUGGCCUUCGCCGAGGCGGUGCUGGGCGUCAUGAGUGGCUGUGCGGCGUCUCUGCAGAACAAGGAGCUGCUCUGGAGGAUGUGGAGUUUACUAGUCGGCCCUCUGACUGACACCAUCACACAGUCUAAUGAGGUGAACCAAGGUGACGCUCUGGAGCACAACUUCAGUGCCAUGCACUCUGCCCUGAUGUUCCCCAUCACUCACCUCCUCCAGCAGGCGUCCCAGAAGUCCCUGCUCUCCUCGUGGUCCAAGCUGUACCGCGUGUUCGCUCGCUGCGCCGCCCUGGUGGUGACGGCUGAGGAGAACAUCUGCUGCGAGGAGCUCUGUGUGAAGAUGGCUGCCGCUGCAGACAGAGAGGCGCUGAUGGUCCCGUCCACGCUGAGCGCCGUCUCCAGCAUCCUGCAGGUCAUGGUGGAGUGUGUGGACUUCUCUCCGUACACGCCUCACUUUCAGCAGAAGCUGAAGUCUCCUCACACACCAGUGAACUGGACGCGGAAGCGGAGCAAGGCCCUGGGGAACCUGUCUGCCUUCCUGUCCCUGCUGGUCCAGAGUCUGCAGGCGUACCUGGAGGCCCCCGAGGCGGCCCCUGACGCCACACCCUUGGCCCUGCUCUCCAUCGUGUCCACUCUCUUUGCCAACCUCGUCCUGGCCAACGCCGUCUCCGAGGUGCUGGGUGCGCUCGUCCAGCCUCUGGCGCUCUUAUAUAAGCGCGCUGUGGGCGGAGAUGCUGAAUUCUCCCCUCAGCUCCAGGGAAAGCUGGAGAAGCUUCUGUGUGAGGUCCUGGGCUGCCUGCAGUCCCGCUCCACUCUGGCCUACGACGACGAACUGCUGGCUCUGCUGUCUCCUCUGCUGUGUGUCGUGUUUCCGCACAAGAACAAGCAUCUGCGCUCAGCCGUCGCUCAGUUCUGGAACGCCACCUUUGCCAACACGGUCAGCCUUGCGUAUCCCGAGGAGCUCAGGCCGGUGCUGAGCCAAGUGAAGCAGAAGACUCCGAUCAUUCUUCCAGGCUUUGAGGCCGUUGGCGUUCCUGAUGAGCUCAGUGAGACCUAUUCAAGUGAAAGCUCUCAGCUUGAGCCGAAGCUCAGUGGGAUGCCCAUUUCUUCUGCUGGGAAGAGAGACUCCAUGCUCAGAGCUGAGCUGAAGGACCGCACCGCCACAAAGACGGCCAAGCCGGUUCCGAUGAAGCUGGACUUUGGUUCUCCCAAACCUCCUCGCAGGGACGUCCUGGAGGAAGAGGCUUCCAUCGACUUUGUCUUCAUUCCUCCUGAGGCAAAGGAGAGGGUUCUGACCGAGCACCAGAAGGAGGUGAAAAGAACCAAAAGGGUUGAUAUUCCGGCCAUGUACAACAACCUGGACGCUUCUCAGGACACGACCGUUUUCAGUCAGUACACACAGAACCAGGACGACUCUCUGGAUAAAGUUCCAGCUGAGCAGGUCGGUGACGUCCCACCAGAAGCUCCCAGUGAGACAGAAGAGAAACCUAGAGAAGAUGCUGAAAUUCUUUGUAAAGAAACUCAAGACUACGCCAGUCCUAAAAAUGAUGAGAAAAUGGAAGAGGAGAGCAUCCCGGGCUCGGCAGACGUUUUUCUGGAGGAGCCUACAGAAAGGACUGAAGACAUGGACGUCGAGUCAAAAGACAGUGAGAGUCCAAACACGUCUGCUUCUUCUGAUUUGGUGUCAGGGACUCCUCAAAAACCCAGCAGCCGGCGCCAGUCAUUUAUUACCUUGGAAAAGUAUGCCGAGGGAAAGCCGGCCAGUCCCAGCAUUGGAUCCUCUUUUACAGGUCCUCUUGCAAAGACGUCCAACAGUCAAGGUCACUCUAGUGAGAAGAACAUAUUGUCCCCUGAGGCCUCACAGACAUCCAUAGAACCAAACUCUCAGGGUCCCACUCCUUCGGAAACGAUUGGUCCUGGAAGCGAGUCUCCUCGGAGGCCCAAAGAGUCGAGGACGAGAAGUGAGCCGGUAAGACUGAUUGAGAGAAUGCAAAGUGACUCGGCAGAGGAGGAAGAUGUUAUCCCUGACACGCAGACGAAAGAAGAGGACAAAGAGAGCACUAGUUACUCUGAAGAAAUCAACUCUUCCAGUCAGGAUGAGGAAUCUGAAACGGUGUUGGAUGAUUCCCAGUCGUCUCAGACCCAGACGCCUUCAGGUGAACCAAGACGAUCCAGACGUCACAGAAUAAGACCUCAGCUCCCUGUAGAAGACCCAGACGACCGUGAGGCAAAAUACACACACGUCAAAAGAAGACGUUCUGGAGAAGAUGCAAAAAGUGAAUCUUCAAAUUUGGCACCAAGCAGACCGAACACAAGAAGUAAACAGGCUGCGGAGGAGAACAGUAGCAGAAUCCAGCUGCGAUCAAAGUCUCAAGGUAACGCCAAUGAAUCUAGCCAAAGUAACUCUCAGGUUAGACACCGAAAGAAGAUCAAACUUUACAGCCUUUCAGAGGAUCUUCUUGGAUCUCCUGAGCGUAAAAGGAGAAGCACCAGUGGGCUGGAUUCUAGUCAGACUGACAUCAAAUCAGAAUCACUCUCCGGUCACGAAAGCCAAACACACAGAAAACGCAAUGAGGUUAGUAAAGUUUCAAAGGAGGGUGGCGACGCUGAAAAGCCCAAAGAAGGAUCCAGCCAAACUGAUACAGCGGAUAUGGUAGAUCUGUCUCAGAAAGACGAUCCCUACUCAAACACUGACUCCCAAACGGUCGUACCUUUGGCUCAGACUGAAAAGUCUGAGGAGGUAAAGUCUGAAGGAAAGACUGAACAAGGUGAGAGCCAAAAGGAAGAGCAAGAUGUUCUCACAUCUUCUCCCCAGGGUGAAGACAAAUCUCAGGAAAAGAUGGAUUCUGAUGCAGUCAUGUCUUCUCCAGUGGAAGAGUCCAAAGGUGAAACUAGAAAUUUGCAACAGAGUCAGGAAAUUAUGGAAGACAACUCCACAGAAACUGUGAUUGACAACUCUAGCCAGGAAGACUCCCAGGCCACGCCUUCAUCGUCUGACAGUCAGAUCAGACGAAGAUCCAGGCGAAGCAAAGCAGCAGAGACUGAAGACAAAGACGAUAGCAUCAACUCUUCAGGACGGUUGACACGUUCUCAGACGUCCACUCCUGUCAAUCAACCUGAAGCUGGAGUUGGAGGUAGGACCAGAAGGAGCAAGCUGGAAUCUAGUCAAAGCUUAACCCCAGAAGGUUCUCAGUCAUUAGAUUCAUCAGGAUCAGGGUCGUCUCAAGGCAAGGGCAGACUAAGAUCCUCCAGGUCAUCAGCACCCAGUGUGGAGACGCCAGAGUCAGAGUCCUCUGAAGUCCUAGUAAACGCCGUUCGCAAAAAGAGAGGGAGGAAGCUUCAAGCGUCUCUGAAGAGUCCACUUCCUCUUGAAACAAAGGAGGAGAUGCUGGAAGAUGCUUCUCAGAAUUUGGAGACACAAAGCAGUUUAGAAGAAUCGUUAGAGACUCGAGAUUCAGAGAAAUCGGGAAGCAAGACUGAGCCAAAUGAGGAAGAGUCUGAGUCCCCAAUGAUAACUGAGACACCGGCUGAUUUACCUCUGGAGAUGGAAGAUCCAAAGAAGGCAGAAAGUGAAGAGGCAAGCCAGGAUACCAGGUCACUGAGCACGACUAAACAAAGAGACUCAAACAGUGAAAAGGAUUCAUUACAAGAAGUAGAAGUGCGUGAAUCUUCUGUGUUUGGAGACGCACCAGCACAGGAUUCAUGUCUGCCGGCUGAGGAGAAACUGCCAACCUCAGAGACGUCCGAAGAAAAAGCAGAAAAGGUUUCUGAAACUGGAGGAGUUACUGAAAAACAGGAGGAAUCAAAUUCAGACCAGCAAGACCUUCCAGCUCCUCCUUCAGAAGAACCCCCUCCUGAGGAGCUUCAGCAAAGUCAGAUGGAGUGUGCACAGAUCACUGAGGAGGAGGAGGAGCCAUCUGCCACACACCAGGUCUCGGAGGCCAGUGCUGAGGAGGACAUUACUCUACAAGACAAUGAAGACGGUCAACCUGAGACAUCUGAGGACAAACUCGAAGAGGCACCUGCCACCGAAACGUCGGGUGCUGCUGGACUGGACUGCACCACUGCAGCGUCCUCGCAAGCUGCUGCCCAGGACUCUCCAGUUAAACAGAAAGACCUGGAGGCUUUGACGGAACCAGAAGUCGGACAAAGUCCCAGCAACGGGCGGUUGAAGGGAACAUGGUCUCCUUCAGCUUCCCCUUCCACCAGCAUCCUCAAGAAAGGCCAGAAGAGACCGUUAGAGGUGGAGACGACCUCUCCUCUUGUCAAGUCGCGCCGUGUAUCUUUCGCUAACCCCAUCCAACAGCAGGAGACGGCUGAUGACAUCGACCGGCGCAGUCCAGCUCUGAGGACCAGCUCUCCCAGGAGGUCCAAAGGAUGCAACGUCGCUCAGCAGAAGCACAUUACAACUCCAACAAAAGGCGUGCUGGUCCUGAGCCCCAGAAAUAUCCACAGUCCAAGUUACAGGAGCUCCAAGAAGUGCCUGAUUUCUGAAAUGACUCAGGAGCCUCGAGCCGUGCCCAGGGACUGCAUCUACCCGUCCCUGGUGGGCUGCUCGGCCCCCGUGGAGGCUGUGCUUUCUCAGAUCUCUUCCACCAUGUGGUCUCGAGGAUUCGGACAGCUGAUUCGCGCUCGAAACGUCAAAUCAGUGGGCGACCUCUGUGCCCUGACUCCGUCUGAGAUCAAGACCCUGCCCAUCCGAUCUCCAAAGAUCUCCAACGUCAAGAAGGCGCUGAAGAUCUACGAGCAGCAGCGCAAAGGGAGAGCAGAUGAGCUGAAGAGCUUCGACGAGACGGAGAGGAUGACCUCUGAGGUGGAGGAGGCGGCCAGUCCUCGCAACCAUGACGACGAGGAGAAGGCUUCAGCAGAGACACUGGCCACAGAGCUGGUGGACGAGCCGCUGCCUCCAGACGCCACGGCGGAGCAGCAGGACGGGGAGCGGCGACCUGAGGUGGCGGCGGCGGCGGCAGUGGACCCCGCUACAGAGCUGGCGGCGGCCGUGGAGGCUCUGGUCUGCAGUGCGACCCCUCUGGAGCUCAGCCGCUGCUCACCGCAGCAGCUGCUGCAGAUGCACGAGCAGCUGGGAGGCAUGAUGAGGGGCAUAGCGGUGGAGCUGCAGACGCGCCUCUGCCACGCCGACGACAAACACAGAGCGACUCUCGGGAGCGGACAGAGGCACUGAGGCUCAACGCAGCCUGCUGAGGAAUUUGCAAUAGAAGAAUGAAGGUUUACCAACUGAUGGAGGAUCUUAUGGGUUUCAAUUUGGAUCAGUUGAACUUUUUUUUUGUAUCAUUGGUUGUUUUUAAUAACAGUUCAUUUUCUGAUAGAACUGUUGAGUAGAUUAUAAAAUAAAACAAUAAUUUUAAGCA